ACAUAGGUUUUUAGCUCCAUUGAAGGAAGACUUUUCUUUCAGUCAGGAAGAGGAAAGGGUCAGCCUCGUAAGGUAGUAAGUUUUCCAUCUCUGGAAGUAUGCAAGCCAAGGCCAGGGGAACAUUUAGUGAAGGACUUGGGAUUCAAGCACCCACUGACAGUGCUCUUGGGCCCUCUGGGUCCUACAAGUGGGUGGUUUUGUGGUACAAAUUGCACAGUUUUCUCACCCCCUCCGUUACCCAGGACUAUCUUUGAUAGGUCAUCUGUUUUCCACUCCAGCCUCUGUUGUAAGCCCAGAGCUCAUCCUUGGCUACUUCUCUCUGGUUCCACUCGAGGCUGGUUUAAACUCGGGGUCAAACCCAAGGUACAUUUUCUUCUAUGGGGCUACAGGCAAUGAAACAGGAAUUAUUGAGCCAGCAUUUAUCAAGCAGUUAGUCCGCCAGAGCCACAUUCUAGAAAGUGGCAGAGCAAUAAGUGCCCGUAUUUUGCCAUGUAUAAUGCACACCCAUGUUUUGUGCACAUUACACACAGGGCUAUUAUACCCAUGUACAAUGAGCAUCCUUAUUUCUCCCUCAAAAAUUUGGGCAAAAAAGUGCACAUUAUACACAGCAAAACACGGCAGUUGAGAGUCUAAUAUCUGUAGUCCGGGGACUGCAUCCUGCUCCUGUGGCUGAGUGGUCUCAGACUAGUCAUUCAAGCUCUCUUAAGUCCCCAUUUCCUGAUGUUGGAGCCCACCAAGGUUUACAGCAGGUUGCCACCUCCUUUACUGGAGAAGGGCGGGAGUCCUGGGGUUCUCUCUCAGGUGGGUAGACAAAUGUCUGUGGGGACACUCUUCUGAAGUCCUAUGGUCGGGUUCAGAAUGGAGGUCCAAGAGCAGCAGAUUGGAUUCUAGGGAAAGUAGCCUCCCUGGCAAGAGGGCAAACUAGGCGACUCAGAUGCCAAGUCCCGCACUAGGGCUGAUGGCCUCCAGGCAGGGGGAAGGGCAGACUUCCCCCAUUCCAGUCCCUCCCUGGAGAACACCCACUCUUUUCACCACGCUCUGCAGAUCCUAGUGUCUCUGGAAAUCCAUUCAUUCAACAGAUCCCUCAAAGGCAGGGCCUGCAAUUCACGCCUCUUCCCUAGCUCGGAGCUGGGCACACACAUUAUGAGCUCCUGUUGUGAGCAGUCCACUGUGGUUGGUAUGCACAGUGGCACAGGCUGUUCCGGAAGUGCGGGACUCGGAGGUUCAAGCUGGAUGCAAGGAGGCGAGAGGCUGAGUCCUGGGCCGCUAGGGAGCAGCGCCGCCCCAGGGCCGAGGGUGGAGCUUUCCGGUCCGCGGGAAAGGGCUGGGCCCAGCCUACACACAGGGCAGAGAAAACGACGGUGGACGCUCUCCUGCGGAGUCUGAGUGGCUGACAGGAUCGGACUGAUUCCCGGAAUCUCCCACGUGACUCUGAGCCACGGAUCACUGGGUGCCCCAGAUUCCUGGGACCCAAUUCCCGAUUUCAGAUCCUCAGGACCUUCCAAGUCAGAGACCACAUUUCACCCUGUACUCCAGAUUUCGGGAGCAGAAUCUCUGGCAGGACUUCGGACCUCCAGAUCCCAUAAGAGAUUCCCAGUCCCGAUCGGAUUCCCGAUCUCGAGAUCCCUGGACACAUCGCCCCUGGCUCCUGCCCGGCACUGGGUGCCCAGAGCACGCCCGACGCCUGAGCGCCCCCGCAUGGCCGGGCAGUGCCCCCCGCCUGAGGCCUUGGAGUGCGCCGGCAGCUGUUGGCAGGACCCUCUAGCCGAGGAGCUGAGUAGGGGCCGGUCGACCGCAGCGCUCCCGGGCCGGGGCUGCGCACGAAGCCGGCCGCUCAGCGUGGUCUACGUGCUGACCCUGGAGCCGCAGCCCGGGGCGAAGCGGGACAGUGGAGCCGAGGCAGAGCCGCUGCCCCUGCGCUGCCUACGCGAGGCUUGCGCGCAGGUCCCCGGCACACGGCCGCGGCCGCAGCUGCGCAGCCUGCCCUUCGGGACGCUGGCGCUGGGAGACACGGCAGCGCUGGAUUCCUUCUACAACGCCGACGUGGUGGUGCUGGAGGUGAGCAACUCCUUGGCACAGCCUUCUCUGUUCUACCACCUCGGUGUGCGUGAGAGCUUCAGCAUGACCAACAACGUGCUUCUCUGCUCCCAGGCUGACAUCCCUGACCUGCAGGCCCUUCGGGAGGACAUUUUCCAGAAGAACUCUGAUUGUGUUGGCAGCUACACGCUGAUCCCCUAUGUCGUGACAGCCACUGGUCGAGUGCUGUGUGGUGAUGUCGGCCUCCUGAGAGGUCUGGCUGACGGGCUGGUCCAGCCCGGAGUGGGCACUGAGGCCCUGCUCACACCCCUGGUGGGCCGACUUGCCCGCCUGCUGGAGGCCACACCCACAGACUCUUGUGGCUAUUUUCGGGAGACCAUUCGGCAGGACAUCCGGCAAGCCCGGGAGCGGUUCAGCGGGCAGCAGCUGCGGCAGGAGCUGGCUCGCCUGCAGCGGAGACUGGACAGCGUGGAGCUGCUGAGCCCUGACAUCAUCAUGAACCUGCUGCUUUCCUACCGAGACGUGCAGGACUAUUCAGCCAUCAUCGAGCUGGUGGAGACGCUGCAGGCCUUGCCCACCUGUGAUGUGGCCAGGCAGCACAAUGUCCACUUCCACUACACAUUUGCCCUCAACCGGAGGAACAGGCCUGGGGACCGGGAGAAGGCACUGGCCGUGCUGCUGCCAGUGGUCCAGAGCAAGGCCUCCGUGGCGCCUGACCUGUACUGCUUGUGCGGCCGCAUCUACAAAGACAUGUUCUUCAGCUCUGGCUUCCAGGAUGCUGGGCACCGAGAACAGGCCUAUCACUGGUAUCGGAAGGCUUUUGAUGUCGAGCCCAGCCUCCACUCCGGCAUCAACGCUGCUGUACUCCUCAUUGCUGCUGGGCAGCGCUUUGAGGACUCCAACGAGCUCCAGCUCAUCGGUAUGAAGCUGGGCUGCCUGCUGGCCCGAAAAGGCUGUGUGGAAAAGAUGCAAUACUACUGGGACGUAGGCUUCUACCUGGGAGCUCAGAUCCUUGCUAAUGACCACACCCAGGUGGCACUGGCUGCAGAGAAGCUAUACAAGCUCAAUGCCCCCAUAUGGUACCUGGUGUCCAUGAUGGAAACCUUCCUGCUGUACCAGCACUUCAGACCCACACCAGAGCCCCCUGGAGGUACCCCACGCCGUGCCCACUUCUGGCUCCACUUCUUACUACAGUCCUGCCAGCUGCUCAAAACUGCCAGUUCCCAAGGGGACCAGUGUUUGGUCCUGGUCCUGGAGAUGAACCAAGUGCUGCUGCCUGCAAGGCUGGAGGUUCAGGGUAGAGACCCAGUGAGCGCAGUGACCCUGAGCCUGCUGGAGCCUGAGACCCAGGACGGUCCCUCCAGCUGGGCCUUCUCAGUCUCCUCCAUCUGUGGUGUCAGUGCCUCCAAACAGGAUGGACGCUGCUGCUUCCUCUAUGCACUUCCCCCGGCUCAGGACGUCCAGCUGUGCUUCCCCAGCGUAGGGCACUGCUUGUGGUUCUGCAGCCUGAUCCAGGCCUUGGUGACAAAUCCGGAUUCCAGAGCACCCGCGGAGGAGGCCGAGGGCGUGGGUGAGGUGCUGGAGUUUGAUUACGAGUACACGGAGACCGGAGAGAGAUUGGUACUGGGCAAGGGCACGUACGGGGUCGUGUACGCAGGCCGCGACCGGCACACGCGGGUACGCAUUGCCAUCAAGGAGAUCCCGGAACGGGACAGCAGGGUCUCUCAGCCCCUGCAUGAAGAGAUCGCUCUGCACAAACGCCUGCGCCACAAGAACAUUGUGCGCUAUCUGGGCUCAGCCAGCCAGGGCGGCUACCUCAAGAUCUUCAUGGAGGAAGUGCCUGGAGGCAGCCUGUCCUCCUUGCUGCGGUCAGUGUGGGGACCCCUGCAGGACAACGAGAGCACCAUCAGUUUCUAUACCCGUCAGAUCCUGCAGGGACUCAGCUACCUACAUGACAACCGAAUUGUGCAUCGUGACAUCAAGGGGGACAAUGUGCUGAUCAACACUUUCAGUGGGCUACUCAAAAUUUCCGACUUUGGCACCUCCAAGCGGCUGGCAGGCAUUACACCUUGCACUGAGACCUUCACAGGGACCCUGCAGUAUAUGGCCCCAGAAAUCAUUGACCAGGGCCCACGAGGGUAUGGAAAGGCAGCUGACAUCUGGUCAUUGGGCUGCACUGUGAUCGAGAUGGCCACGGGUCGCCCCCCCUUCCAUGAGCUAGGGAACCCACAGGCUGCCAUGUUUCAGGUUGGCAUGUACAAGGUACAUCCACCAAUGCCCAGUUCUCUGUCAGCUGAGGCCCAAGCCUUCCUCCUGAGAACUUUUGAGCCAGAUCCCCGCCUCCGAGCCAGUGCACAAGCACUGCUUGGGGACCCCUUCCUGCAGCCUGGGAAGAGGAGCCGAAGCCCAGGAUCGCCCCGCCAUGCUCCACGGCCUGCUGAAGCCCCUUCAGCCAGCCCUCCUCUUUCGGCUGACUUGACCACCCAGUCCCAGACAUUCCCACGCCCUCAGGCACCCUCUCAACACCCUCCCAGUCUCCCGAAGCGCUGCCUCAGUUAUGGAGACACCAGCCAGCUCCGGGUGCCUGAGGAGCCUGGAGCCGAGGAGCCCACGUCUCCUGAGGAGAGUUCGGGGUUGAGCCUGCUGCAUCAAGAGAGCAAGCGCCGGGCCAUGCUGGCAGAAGUGCUAAAGCGGGAGCUGCCCGCGCUGGUGGAGAAUCUGUGCCUGGAGCAAGAACAGAGUCCCCGUCUGGGCAGAAAUCUUGUGGAACAGCUACUGCGCUGCCUCGGAGCGCACAUCCACACUCCCAACCGCCGGCAGCUGGCCCAGGAGCUGCAGGAGCUGCAAGAGCAGCUGGGGGCCCAGGGCCUUGAGCCUGCGCUUCUGCAUGGACUGCUCUUUGCCUUCCCGCAUGUGGUGAAGCAGAUUCUCCGUAGGCGCCAGAUCCGCCCACAUUGGAUGUUCGUGCUUGACUCCCUGCUUGGCAGUGCUGUAGAGGCAGCCCUGGCAGUACUGAGCCCAGAAGUGAAGAAGGAUGCAGCCUCGCCAACAUCAGAAGAGUCCAGUGAAGAGGAGUCCCAGCAGAAGCAGCAGGAGACCCCGAUUCAGCAGAGCCUGCUCUCAAGGGAACCCGAGCAGGGCCCCCCACCUCUGAUGGUACAGCUCAGCCUCUUGCAAGCAGAGACUGAUAGGCUUCGAGACAUCCUGGCAGAGAAGGAAUGUGAGUGGCGGGCCCUGGUGCAACAAGCUCUGCAGCGGGUGAAUGAGGAGGCCAGGACCUGUUCCCUGGCCUCAGAGCCCCCAGCCACUCGAACAGUGGACCGGGGCCUGGUGCAGUGGCUACAGGAGCUGAACGUGGAUUCAGGCACGGUCCAAACCCUGCUGAACCACAGCUUCACCCUUCACUCCCUACUGACCUGUGCCACUAAAGAUGACCUCACUUACACCCGCAUCAGGGGAGGAAUGGCGUGCCGCAUCUGGAGAGCCAUCUUGGCACAUCGAGCAGGAUCCAUGGCCGUUACCCCUGGCCCCCCGGAGGCUGAAGGGCAUCAGAGGCAAGAGGCCAGACCCAAGGAUGGAUGAAUGAAGACACAAGAACUUAUGAAACACCCACCCCAGGAUCCAGGGGCAACUGGAGGAGGCCAGGGAGGGGCGGGGGGAGGGCAGUCCAACCACAGAGAUGCUCCAAGCUCACUGAGCACCACCAAAGACUAUUAAACAGGACAAUUUUGUACCUCUGG